UCUCCAGCAACGGCCCGCUCUCAGCGCAUGCGCCUUUCCCGAGUCGUCGCUCGCUCUCAGGUUGAGCGCUAGCAACCAGGUGCGCUGGCUUGCGCAUCCCCGCCUCCGGGGCAACCAACGGAUCCCUCAGUCAGUGCUGUGUGCUGCACACCCCCCCCCCCCGGCGGUUGGGGAAGGGGACGCCGGGUGAAAAUGGCUGGGAGGAGGAAGAGAGGUGGUGGAGGAGGAGAGGGACUCGGUUGUUUGGUGACAGGAGGGAGGGGUCACCGGCUCCGCCUCUUUCUCCUCAGCGAGCGAGCCCCGGCCCGGUGACAUGUAGGCCUCGGCGCGAGCUGCAAGUGAGAGGUGGGCAGCGGCGGAUGUUCACUGCCUGGAGCCCAUAGAGAUGGUGGAUAUUGGCGUCUGUGCUUCUGGAGACAGCACUAGAAGAAAGAUGGAUUCUUUUGCAGACUGUCCAGUGGAGGUGGUACCUCCAGACCUGUACGAUUCCUUCAGGGCAAAAAUUGCUGCUAAUUUACAGUGGAUUUGUGCGAAAGCUUACGGAAUAGACAAUGUUCCCGAGGAGCUGAAGGACCCCUUUUAUAUAGACCAGUAUGAGCAGGAGCACAUUAAACCACCCGUCAUCAAGCUGCUUCUCUCCAGCGAGCUGUACUGCCGCGCCUGCAGCCUGAUUCUGAAGGGGGACCAGGUGGCGGCAUUGCAGGGGCACCAGUCCGUGAUAGAGGCUUUGUCACAGAAGGGGAUUUACGUCAUGGAGAGCGAAGACGUGCCGGUGUCUGAAGACGACCUCAGCUGUGCUCCAAUCAAAAUGAGUGCACACAUGUCUAUGAUCGAUGCGCUGAUGAUGGCCUAUACUGUGGAGAUGAUGAGCAUUGAGAAGGUUGUAUCAAGUGUCAAACGCUUCUCUACAUUCAGUGCCUCCAAGGAGCUGCCGUAUGAUCUUGAGGAUGCCAUGGUUUUCUGGAUUAAUAAGGUAAACUUGAAAAUGAAGGAGAUUCUGGAGAAAGAGCACAGGUUAAAGCAGCAGAUAAUCGAGAGCCCAAGUCAUCCGAAGAUACGUUACCGCCGCGAUCACCCGUCCAAUAGACAGCUCCCCUGCUUCCCAUUGCUAGAAGACCUAAUGAAAGAUAUUAGUGAUGGCGCCGCCCUUCUGACUGUUAUUCACUUCUACUGCCCAGAGUUGAUGAAGUUGGAUGAUAUCUGUUUAAAGGAAGUGACUUCAAUCGCUGACAGCCUGUACAACAUCCAGCUUCUGAAGGAGUUCUCCAGUGAAUAUCUCAAUAAGUGUUUUUAUUUGACCUUAGAGGACAUGUUAUACGCCUCAUCAGUUCUGAAGCCGAAUAUAAUGGUUUUUAUUGCCGAGCUUUUCUGGUGGUUUGAAAAUGUGAAGCCUGACUUUGUUCAGCCUAGAGAUACACAAGAGUCUAAAGAAGCAAAAGCAGUAUUCCCGCAUAAAACCAGUCGCCCUCAGAUUCCAAUUUCCAAUGCAACAAAGCGUAGUUUUAUGGCGAGCCCCUCGGGCACAGCAGAUCCCCAUUCAUCGGCUCACAACAUGUCUGACUCCAGCAUCAGAAAUUACUUGCAGCCUGAAGAAGUGGAAAAUGGGAAAGGAAGCACCGCCUUCAGCCCGUCCCAUCCGCUGCUGCCCUUAAGACAAAAACAGCAGAAGACUGUACAGUCCGAGGAUACCCCCAGUCACAACGAUCGCUCUAAUUCCUUGACACGUUCUGAUGUUCCCCCUCGAUCUUCUGUCAUGGCUUGGGCAGAGAAGAAGCCACGGCCCCUUUCCCAGCCUCCAUUUGCCCUCCAUUGUGCUGAUGAUGUUGACGCAACCUCUGGCGACAGCAUUAGUCUUGCUCGGUCAAUAAGUAAGGACAGCUUGGCUUCCAAUAUCAUACAUGCAACUCCCAAGCACCAGCCUGCUAAUUCAGCACCACAUUUACCCUCAAGAAGUCUACUGGGAAAUUUAGAUAUAGAAGACGAUGAAGAGGAGCUCGUCGCAUUCAUUAAAGCAGAUGAAACCUCAAGUCAUGUAGACCUCGAACUGCAGAGCUUCUCCUCCCGGGCUUCCAGUCAACCUGGCACAGCAAGAUCCCCAGGAAGGAUGUUGGCAGAUGUAGACGGCAAGCCAGAGAGUUUCUUCUUGGAGCCUUUAAUGCCUGCUGUUCUCAAACCAGCAAAAGAAAAACAAACUGUUCCCAAAAGAGAGGAGUAUGGUGAAGGGAAGCAGAGAGGUGUUGUUUCCAGGCGUCAGUAUGAGGCGUCGCAGUCUUUUUCACGCAAGAAAAUAACCACUAACCACACAGGACAAGGUCUAAACAGAACAUUUAUCCCUGUCUGUAGUACUGACUUACCUGCAGAAGAUUCUUCUAGAUUAGAUCCCCUGCAGAUGUCCUUGGAAAAUGGUAACGGCACAUUUAGGCCACUUGCGACCAGCAGUGUUGAUCCAUCAGAGCAGCUCGGCGAUGGGUUUUUCCUUCAUGAUUCUAAAGCUGAAGCUGUUGAGGAAGAACCGAUGGCGAAUCUCCUAGUUGAUAAAGAGCAAGAUCUAGAAAGCACUUGGACGGUAUUGAGGACUGACUCUGAUUCUGACAAUCUGGAUCUGGACGAUUGUGAGCAGGAUCUGCCCCCUUCCCGCCCAGUGUGUAAAUACAUAGGUGAAGAAGAGUCGGCCAAAUUGCAGGAGGAUAUGAAAGUUAAGGAGAAUGAUGACAAAGACGAUGGCAGCGGGCGCUCUAGUCCGUGUCUAAGUACAAUAUCCCAGGUAAGCAGCAUCUCCAUGGCUAGCGGCAGUGUCCGUAUGACCAGCUUUGCUGAGAGAAAGUUUCAAAGGCUGAAUAGUUAUGAAACAAAGUCAAGUACAAGCAGCUCACAAAAGACCACCCCAGAUGGUUCUGAGUGCUGCCCUCCUCCGCUGACAACCUGGAAGCAGCGGAGGGAGCAGAGUCCUGGGAGACAGAACAAAGACCACUCAAACGUCAUUGCUUCUGAACUUGUCCAACUUCACAUGCAACUGGAGGAGAAGCGGAGGGCUAUUGAAGCUCAGAAGAAGAAAAUGGAGUCGCUGUCUGCAAGGCAGCGCUUAAAACUCGGCAAAGCUGCAUUCUUGCAUGUCGUGAAAAAAGGAAAAGCUGACGGACCUUCUCACCCUUUGAAGCCUGAACAUUUCCCUAAGGAUUACACUAAGCUGAACCCGGAGUCGGCUGAUGUUGUCAACUCCAAGGCAGAAGUGCACUUUGAAAAAACUGACCUGGGAAGCGAAGUUUCCAAAGAACUUAAAGUUGAGGAAGUGUUUGAGCAGAAGCCCAAGGAGCCAGAUUUAGAAGGAGACCUGUGCAAUGUAAUUGCAGACGUUAGUCCUGAAGAGGCAGACGGCGAGUUAGAUGCCAGUGAGUGUAACCUUUCCAUUGAGAAGCUAAAUGAGACGAUCAGUACACUACAACAGGCGAUACUGAAGAUUUCCCAGCAGCAAGAGAUGCUCAUGAAAGCACCCGGCUCUGUAAUACCAGAGCUUAAAAAUAGCACCCAAGACCGUAAGUUAAAACCACCUGUUCAGUUUAUGGAGCCCCUGUCCCCAACAGGAGCCUCUACGGGACCUCGUAAGAGAUUUGGUCAGGGUCGUAACUCCAGAUCAUCCCGGGCAUAUGAACAUAAAACCACCAAGGAAAAGACAUCACGUGUGAUAACACCCACCCACAGCAUAGAAACUUUACCCCACUUAAAAUCUGCCCCACUUCUGAAAUCACCUUGUGCCCCUUCUGAUAUUGUAGAAAACGGUACAGAGCAAGUAAACGGUGCGCAGGAUAAAUCCCCCGGUACUUUCCGGCUCCAUGAGGACAACAACCAGAGGACAUUUGUUCUAUCCACCUCCAGAGAUGCAAAUAUUCUUUCUGAACAAAUGCACAUGGACUCUUUGAAUGGCGCACGCGUGGCUGGCGUGGGAUCUUCCGAAACGUCUGGAAAAGAAAACGUCCCAAUGGAUGAGCGGCUUACGAACAAAAGUAGCCUGAUUGAGGUUGAUCUCUCUGAACUGAAAGAGCCCGAGGAAGAGCACGGAGCUGAGGAUUCUGAAUUAUCCACAGAUGUGAUCAGUGAAGAUCAGAAGUCUGGUUUUGGGUUUUUCUUUAAGGACGAGCAGAAAGCAGAGGAUGAACUGGCUAAGAAGCGGGCGGCCUUUCUUUUGAAGCAGCAGAAGAAAGCAGAAGAAGCUCGGCUCAGGAAGCAGCAGCUGGAGGCAGAGGUUGAGUCAAAGAGAGAUGAAGCUCGUCGCAAAGCUGAGGAAGAUCGUAUACGGAAGGAUGAAGAAAAAGCAAGGAGGGAACUCAUCAAACAAGAAUAUCUCCGAAGGAAGCAACAACAGAUCUUAGAAGAGCAAGGGGUAGGAAGGCCCAAGCCCAAGCCGAAACCUAAGAAAUCUCGGCCUAAGUCUGUCCACAGAGAGGAAUCCCACAGUGACUCAGGAACGAAAUAUUCCUCUACACCGGAUAACUUGAGCAGUGCACAGUCCGGUUCCAGUCUCUCUUUGGCGUCCGGUGCCACUACAGAGGCUGAAAGUGUCCAUUCUGGAGGAACGCCUUCACACAGGGUGGACUCCAUGGAAAUGCUGUCUGUGGCAAGCAGGCACCAAAGUAGAAAUGCAGAGCGGGAUUGGGAGAAUGCAUCUACCGCAUCUUCAGUUGCAUCAGUGGCGGAAUAUUCAGGUCCAAAACUUUAUAAAGAGCCCAGCAGCAAGUCAAAUAAACCAAUAAUACACAAUGCUAUAGCCCACUGCUGCCUUGCUGGAAAGGUGAACGAAUCGCAGAAGAACAUGACCUUGGAUGAACUAGAAAAGAGCGACUCCAACCACUACAUCAUCCUGUUCCGUGACGCCGGCUGUCAGUUUCGAGCACUUUAUUCCUAUUUUCCCGAAUCUGAUGAAAUCUGUAAACUGACGGGAACAGGUCCCAAAACCAUCACUAAGAAAAUGAUUGACAAACUUUACAAAUACAGUUCGGACAGAAAACAGUUUACUGUGAUCCCCGCCAAAACCAUGUCGGUCAGCAUCGACGCACUGACUAUCCAUAACCACUUGUGGCAAGCCAAGCGACCCGCGUUGCCAAAGAAGAACCCGCUAGGAAAGUGACGCGCGACCGAUCACGCUGGUUUUAGAGGAAAAUGUUUACGCCUUUCCUGCAGUGGACAAAACUGUGCAGCACUUUGAAUGUUUUCUUUCUUCCCUUUUUCUUCUUCAGUUUUAUUCCUUUAUUUUCCAAAGGGAAGUUUUAAAAUGCGUUUUACACGGACAAUGAGAAAUCGUUCUCCUCGCUUUAUUUUUUUCUGUUGCCGCAGUCCAGAUUUUUCUCCACAACAAAAUCAGAGGAUGCGCUCAUCACCUAUUUAUUAUUUCCCCUUUUUAUUUUUAGACAUUAUUAUAUAUUUUUUUUUUCCCGUUCCCAAGUUUCAUCUUCGCCAUCUCCCUCCCGACAAGCGGGCGACGUCUGCGGUGAAACAUCAGAACUUGACGAUUCCUUAGGCGAGGGACAACAAUGCAUGUCGUUACAUUCUUACCAAGUGGAUUUCCAGUUACUUGAAGUGCUCCAAAACAGCUAUUAAGCUAAGGGAUCUUGGAAGCGGGGAGGCGCCUGAGAAGAAUGAUGAUGAUUUCCAGCAGUUUUAGGAGGGGGGGAAAAAAAAAUAACUAAAGAAUCAAAAAUAAAAUAUUGGAAGGAAAUGAAAUCUUGGAAAUGCAAUCGUUUUUACUGCUGGCUUUUUUACUUUUUUUUUGGUGCUGCUGAUGUAUAGGAAUUGUACACACUACAGCUGCUGGCUGUCCUGCAAUCCACGGUUUCUAAUGUCCAAGGAUAUAAUGAUUACACACCUGGAAUUCUAAGUUGGAUGUAAUUUAUUUUAUUUUUUAAACAACCCUUUCCCGAGGUACGGUGGUAUUGAAAUAUUUGCUCCGGCAAAGUGUGUUGGCAUAGAUGUAGACCAGUUCCACUCUGAGCACGGUACUCCUGUCUGUAUAGAACAUAAUGGUGCACUGAUAAAAUAGAGAAAAAACUAACAAACCACAAUCUUUUUAUUUUUUAUUUUUAUGGUUUUAUGAUGUGUUACAAUUGCAGUCCUAUUAGUUGCUGUGUUCUCGAAAAAGAAGCACACUGUAAAAUCCAGAGCAUGUGUGCCGGGAGGUGUAAUUCAUAUUAUUAUUUUUUUUUAUUAUUUAUCAUUUGGAGUGAGCUACUUAGUAUUUUUGGGAAUAAAUUUUUUUACAAAAAUUCUGUUUUCAAUCGGAUGAUGGAGUUAAUGCUUUCAAAUCAAAAAUUGCAGACACCUAUAUAGAUAUUUUUUUCCACGCUUACAAUCAGGACGGUUGAACUUGGACGGAGAACACCAUCUCCAUCCUUUUAUUUAUCUUGCGCACUUUGGACGAUUUCUUUCUGUACUGUUUCACCGAACAUGAUGUGAGCUCCAUUGUUAAGUUUUAAUUAAACAUUACACCGGAAAUAUUGAAAUAUAUUUUUUUUGAGAGUAUUAUAUGUAUAUUUUUCUUUUUUCGGUUUGCACUUGUCUGAAGUAUUACUUGAAUUACUUUGGUACAAAAAUGAAGAAGCUCGUCGUUGCUCUUAUAGCCGCCCGAUGCGGAAAUACGAAUCCCAGCACCCAACCUGGAUUUGUGGAUCUCGCGGCACGCGGCCAGGCACGGCUUUGAUGUUUAAUGGCGGUUUUUAAUUGUUCAGAAAGCAGGUUGGUUCAGCGGAUGUCUCCACUCUACAGGUCCCCCCCACUCUUAGUAAUGCCCUUCUUCCAUGUUACUCGAGACUGCUGCAGUUUUGUAUAUAUUCGUUGUCGAUGUUUCUGUAUAUAACCGAAAGCUUUAUAAGUCUACAGUGCAUAAAGAGGAUUUGUUAUCAUGCUCCGCACCCCUUGCCUGUGUCCCCCCCCCCCAUACCCUCCACCAUGGUUAUUUAACUCAUAUUUAUUUUAUGAAAGCACUGAAAUUAAAUAAA